AUGGCGAAUGUGUCAACACGCGCUCAUGGCUCCUAUACCCCCUUUUGUUCGUCAUAGCCAGUUCCUGUAUUAUUUUCUUUACAGUUAAAUCAAACGCGUUGUUUUAUUUUACUUUAUCCUUUUUUUAAUUUAAAUAACAGUUAUUUCAGCCACCCUUGACCAGAUUCAUAGAUAUACACGGAAGCGACCUGAAUGUAAAUUUCUUUGUGAUUAUCCUUGAUCGGAAGUGGCGACUGGAGCUCGCGCUGCGCUCGGUGACAAGCGCCUGGAGUAGUGAGUGUUGUUCCGUUCAUACCUGUAUCUGUUGGGAGAAUUAUUCGGUUAAAGAGCAAAUAUUUAAUGUAACCAUUAUGCAUGCGCAGUUUAACCUCGGUGUAUGUGGGACGCACGGGCAUCAAAUGCAAAUGGUAGAUUUUGCCGCGAAGGAAAGCAGUUAGCCUGACUGUUAGCCACUCUAUAUAGUAAUGCGGGUUGAUGCAGCAAAAGCAUGUUUGGAGUUGCAGUCUGUUUCCAGGACAAUAUUGUGGGAAAAUUCCAGAUGUAAGCUGAAAUAACGUGCGCCAACAGCAUGGGGCUGGACUUUGAUGUGAAAACAUUCUGCCACAACUUGCGUGCCACCAAGCCACCGUACGAAUGCCCGGUUGAGACCUGCCGUAAGGUCUAUAAGAGCUACAGUGGUAUCGAGUACCACCUGUACCACUAUGACCACGACAACCCACCUUCUGCUCAAGGAACGCCACAGAAGAAGCGCAAAGGUCGCCCAGCUCGUUCCUCGCUGCCCACCUCUGGAGAUGGCUCUGAACUUGGUAACGCCCACACUAUGCCUGGGCAUGGUGGAAUGCCAGGUAGCCCAGCAGAUAACUCUGACCACUCACAUUCCCCUGGGAGAGAUACGAUGACCUACGCUCAGGCUCAGCGCAUGGUGGAGCUGGAGAUCCACGGCAAAGUGCACCGACUCAGCAUCUUUGAGGACCUCGAUGUGGUGUCUGAGGAGGACAGUGAGGCUGAUGAUGGAGUAGGCGGGUCCACAACAUGCAAUGGUGAGAAUGGUGUCAGUGAAGGUGGGACCAAUGGAAAGGACAGACCCGACACCCCUGCUGCAGCCAAUGGGGGUAAAGGAGCGGGGGCAACACCCAAAGCGGGUAAGCACAAGAGUAAAGAAAAGAAGAAGGAUGGCAUGCAUCAUCAUGGAAAUCCACCAGGGCCAGCUGUCAAGUUGCCUGAGGCUGUGUUUCGAGAGCUGGAUCAAGAUAGGCCUGAUGCACCACCAAGACCGACAUCUUAUUACAGGUACAUAGAUAAAUCUGUGGAGGAGCUGGACGAGGAGGUGGAGUAUGACAUUGAUGAGGAAGACUACAUCUGGUUGGACAUUAUGAAUGACAAACGGCGUAGUGAUGGAGUGACGCCGAUCCCUCAGGAGGUGUUUGAAUACCUGAUGGAUCGGUUAGAAAAGGAGUCCUACUUUGAGAGCCACAACAAGGGCGAGCCGAAUGCACUGAUUGACGAGGACGCUGUGUGCUGCAUUUGCAAUGACGGCGAAUGCCAGAACAGCAACGUUAUCCUGUUCUGCGACAUGUGUAACCUGGCCGUGCACCAGGAGUGCUACGGCGUGCCUUACAUCCCAGAGGGCCAGUGGCUUUGCCGUCGCUGCCUGCAGUCACCCUCACGUGCCGUCGACUGUGCUCUAUGCCCUAACAAGGGUGGAGCCUUCAAGCAGACUGAUGAUGCUCGCUGGGCACACGUCGUGUGUGCAUUGUGGAUACCCGAGGUGUGCUUUGCCAACACGGUCUUCCUGGAGCCAAUCGACAGCAUUGAACACAUCCCGGCGGCGCGCUGGAAGCUGACAUGCUACAUAUGUAAGCAGCGAGGCGCUGGCGCAUGUAUCCAGUGUCACAAGGCCAACUGUUACACAGCUUUCCAUGUGACGUGUGCACAGCAAGCCGGGCUCUACAUGAAGAUGGAGCCUGUGCGCGAGACUGGCGCCAACGGCACCUCGUUCAGUGUGCGCAAGACGGCUUACUGUGACGUUCACACUCCACCCGGCACGGCCCGUCCGCUGGGGGGUGGAACCGGGAGUGGCUCCUCUCUCAGUGAGGCAGAGGACGAAGACGAGGAGGACGGUGGUGGAGUCGGAGAGGAGCGGGCCAAAAGGGCAAAGGCCAAAUCGAGGCGGAAGCUAAAGAGGGCAAGGAAGAUCCUAGCAGAGAAGAGGGCGGCUGCGCCUGUGGUGUCUGUGCCAUGCAUACCACCACACAGGCUAAGCAAGAUCACGUCCAAUCUGACAGUACCGAGGAAGAGUCAGUUCAUGCAGAGGCUGCAUGCCUAUUGGACCCUAAAGAGACAGAGUCGCAACGGUGUCCCUCUGCUGCGGCGCCUCCAGACACACCUACAGUCCCAACGCAAUGUCGAGCCUGUUCCUUCUAUAACCACGAAAGAUGGCGAGGAGAAGCAUACAGCGCUGAAAGAACAGCUGAAAGCAUGGCAGAGACUCAGGCAUGACCUGGAAAGAGCCAGACUUCUGGUGGAGCUCAUCCGCAAGCGAGAAAAACUCAAGAGGGAGGCGCUGAAGAUUCAGCAGUUAGCCUUGGAGAUGCAACUUACUCCAUUCCUGGCAUUGUUGAGGAGCACACUGGAACAGCUGCAAGAGCGAGACACCAGCAAUUUCUUCACUGAGCCUGUGCCACUGAAUGAGGUCCCUGACUACCUGGAUCAUAUUGAGCGGCCCAUGGAUUUCCAGACCAUGUGGACAAGUCUGGAGUCUCAUCACUAUCUUAGCUUCGAUACGUUCGAGGCUGACUUCCUGCUUAUCGUCAACAACUGCCUCAAAUACAAUGCCAAGGACACUGUGUUCUACCGGGCAGCAUUGAGGCUGCGGGAGGCAGGCAGUGGCAUCCUGCGACAGGCUCGGAGACAGGCCGAGCGAGUUGGCUAUGACUUUGACACAGGCAUGCACCUGCCCCGAGAGCCCAGCCCCGAAUCUCCACGUGAGCGAGAGAGAGAGAGGGAGAGAGAAAGAGAAAGGCAGCGGGAGAAGGAGAGAGAAAGAGAGCAGGACAGGGAAAGAGAGAGGUCCCCUUCUGUUAAUGAAGAUGACCUGCGGCGUUUGCCGCUGGAGGAACAGUUACGGGUCUUGCAGGCACGUUUCGAUGAUGUCAGCUCGGGGAAGCACAGCAUCGGCCGCUCGCGUCGAGCCAAAGCCCUGAGGAAGGAGAUGACAGUCAUUAAGCGCAAGCUAGCGCAUCAGCGAGAUGGUGGGUCCAGUGGGGGCAACCGAGAAUCAGGAGCAUCCGGAGAGCGUGGCUCUAACCUUGCACACCAUGCUUCAGGAGCCACAUGUCAUGACGAGGGAGGAGAGAGCAGCAGCCAGGAGAUUAGUGGAAAAGAUAUCACAGCUGCUGCCUCUACACUGGCAUCUGAAGUGGGCCGCCGAACCUCGAUCCUCUUCUCCAAAAAGAACCCAAAAGCCACAGGACCUCCGAAGCGUCCGGGCCGCCCCCCUAAAAGACGUGAUGCAAUACACAACUCUGGCGCAAUGGGCUCCAGUCCUGUAGGACCUCCACAGCUCCCUCUGAUGACCACAGCACGUCAGCGCAAGAGACCACGAAGCCCUCGCUCCAGUUCCAGCUCCGAGAGUGAGAGUGACAAUGAUCAUGUGGGCCUCGGUCUGCCUAGCAAUGGUUUCGAUGGUGGCAGUAAGCCUGUGACUGAGAGUUUCCUGGUGUAUAGGAAUGAGCCACGUUAUCCCCGCUCCAGCUCUGACUCAGAGUCUACAACCAGCAGUAGCAGCAGUGCCGCCUCUGACAGAACAAGUACCACUCCUUCAAAGCAGGGCCGUGGGAAGACUGCAUUCUCGCGCUCGACCUUUCAGGAGGACAGCAGUGAGGAAACCUCUGGAACAGAGAAUGACUCCUAUUCAGUGGGAGGGACCAGAGGAGUUUCACACUUGGUGCGAAGCCGGAGUAGGUCAGGUUGCUGGAUGGGCCCAACGGACUACACCACCCUAGAUGCCCUCGAUCUCGUAUGGGCCAAGUGUCGAGGAUACCCCUCUUAUCCUGCUCUGAUUAUUGAUCCCAAAAUGCCGCGGGAGGGCAUGUUCCAUAGAGGUGUGCCGAUCCCUGUUCCCCCUCUGGAGGUGCUCAAGCUGGGGGAGCAGAUGACCCAGGAAGCACGGGAGCAUCUAUUCCUAGUGCUGUUCUUUGACAACAAGAGGACUUGGCAAUGGUUGCCGCGCUCAAAGCUCGUACCUCUGGGUGUGGAUCAGGAGCUGGAUAAGGAGAAGAUGCUGGAAGGCAGGAAAUCCAACAUCAGGAAGUCGGUGCAGGUGGCGUAUCACCGCGCCAUGCAGCAUCGUAACAAAGUGCAGGGUGAUCCCAGCAGCGACACGAGCGAUAGUGACUGAAACACACACACACACACACACACACACACACACACACACACACAAGCAUACAUAAAUAAUGCUGAGAAAGCAUGCAUGAACACCUGAUAUGAUUAACUAUUCACACAGAUGUGACAUGCAUCACUGAUUCACAAACAAAGAUGGUAUGUGUACCUAGGUUUACAUUGAUGGAUGUCAUAGACACACACACACACACACACAAAUUCCAACACAGUAAUCCAUCUCUCUGGUGCUAAAUAUCUUUGGGCAUGGUGUUCGGUGUGUAUUGUGUUUUGUCAAGUCUCUAGUCUGUAUGUGUUUAAAUAUAUAAACUGGUAGAUUGUGUAGAGUCUCUUCUCCAUGCCGGAAAUAAAAGCGAACGGAAACACACUCGCAGUCACACACCUCACCUCACACUACAUUGUUCAAUGGAAAUUGGUGAACAUGUCUGGAAAUGGACAGUUUAAUGAUGGAAAUAAGAGUUAUCGAGCUCAUGAGUCAUGUGAGUUUGUAUCAACAAUCACCAACCCGACUCCAACAGAACCUACAAACAUAGCACAACUUUCAUGGUCACACCUUUGAAAGAAGCUGAUCAACACAGUACACAACAGAAAGUAGUUCAAGUGAAACCAGCCAAUACAGAUAAAUAUGAGCUAUAUGUGGGAACUGUGUCUGUGAAGAGGGAGAAAGAGAGUGAGUGUGUGUGUGCGCGUGCAUGUGAAUGUCCACAUAUGCAGGCUUAUGUUGCAAAUUGUAAGAUAGAAAUACUAUCUGCAGUUGUGUGUGUAAGAGAGAGGUUGAGGGUGUGUGUGUGUGCAUGUGUGAAAGGUGAGUGCGAGACACGAAGUGUGAGUGAAUGGUUGUGGAUAAAAUUGAGAUGUAAGUUAAUGCACAAUGUGCUGUCCUCACUUUAAACAGAGGAUGCAACUAAUUCCAGACUGAAGAAUCAUUGUUUAUUUAUUUGAUCACACAAGCAACCCCCCAUCCUUAUGUGCACUCGCGCACACUACAACACAAAUACACUCACACAUGUCUUGUGUCACAGUGUACCUGUUGUUGUUGUUCAUUCUGUUUUGUACUUUUCUCGUGCUCUUGGUAUUAUGUAUUGAGAAGGACUAAAUGGUGUAUUCACUUUUCUGGUUAUAUGCCAAUCCUGUCACUGUAGAACUUUUAUAUAUUAAAAGAAAACUUAAGAUAGAAUUUAAUAAAAAAAUUGAGUUUUGUACAACCGUCUGUAAUGAUUUUUUUUCUUUCUUUCUUUCUUUUUUCUUUUGGGCAUGAUCUUGGGUGAAAGUGAAAUCUUAUCUUACAAUAUGGGGUAUGUGUGUGGCUUUUUGUUUUGUUUUGUUCUUUAAUGCAGGAGGUGUACAAGGGUUUAUCAUUGGGUAAGGUGACACAGAAUGUGGUGUGAAGCCGUGUCACAGGCUACGUUAUUUAUGUUACAGUUUGACUGCGUCAACCAUGUCAAUUCACUCGAAUACCUGAAAGGAACUUGAUUCAUUUUGCACUCGUUCAUUUCACAGAUCAGGGCCUAGCUUUUCAAAAGCAUCGUUUUAUGAGUAUCUUAACUGAUAAAGAGACUGUUCAAUGCAGUGUUCUCUCUACCAGUUAAUUAGAGAUAAUAGCUGUGAUGUGAUGCCUGUGGGAAAGUAAGCCCUGAAUAGUGGCAUCCUGACCGUCCUAGGUUUUAAAUUCUGGAUCUUCUGGCCAGUUGCACAAUACUCUGACACCUAAUACA